AGCAUGGGGGAUGGUUAAACAGUCACAGGCUUGGCCAGGACUCACAGACAUAAGUGCCCUGAAGGCUUAGUUCAGGAAGACUGGCCUACAGGGAUAUGCGGAAGAACCUGGGGGAGGAAACCCGGGUCCACAGCACACACACGGAUGGGCACCUGCUACAGGCCAGCCCUUGACUAGUGCCAGCUCAGAGCACGUGCGCUGAGCCCCACCUGGAUGAGGUUCGGGUGAAGUCACUAUAUAAACAGGCCACAGGUGGCCUUUCUCUGCACCAGACACCACCAGCCACAUCGCAAGCACCCAGCAGCGCUGACAAGGAGAAUUUGGUGCUGCCCACCUGAAGUGAGGCCCAGCCUUGGCAGGGGUCACUGUAGGGAAGAAGGGAAGGCUUCACGGACGAGGAAGCAUUUUAGCCAGGUGCACAGGGAUAAGCGAGUGCACAUGGCGGGAGAGCAUUUCUGUGGAGGAAACAGCUGGAUGGGUCAGUGGGUCUGAAUCACACAGAGUCUGGAGCACCAGGCUACACAGGGCCACCUGAGAGAAACGCACGUUAAACAGGCUCACACAAUGGAGGAGUCCACACAGCAGCUUCAAGCACAGCAGGACGCAAGGCCCCACCCAAGGAACUCAGGAAUGUGCCCACCUCCCUGGCUCCUUGUGGGGCCAAGAUGGCCCGAAUGGUGCCAUUCUUGCCUGCUCAGGGACUCCAGAGGGAAGAGAGCUUCUGAGUACCACAGAAGUUCUGGGAUUGCACAUGAGCUCUCCAGUUUGGAUCAGACCCAUCCCUGAACUAAUCGUCUUUGUGGCCAGGGGCAGGGGCAAUAUGCUAAUUGUCCAAGUCUUAUCAAAAGCAACCUUCAUUGCUUUGAGGCAGGCAUGCCCCGGACACUGAGCGCCUCCGACAUGGUCACCCCAGGCAGCCUUGGCCCACCCCCCACGGAGCCCACGGAUGGCGAGCAAGCCGGGCAGCCCCUCCUGGACGGAGCUCCCUCCUCAGCUUCCCUGGACACCCUCAUCCAGCACCUGGUGCCCACUACUGACUACUACCCCGAGAAAGCCUACAUCUUCACCUUCCUUCUGAGCUCCCGCCUCUUCAUCGAGCCCCGGGAGCUCCUGGCCCGGGUCUGCCACCUGUGCAUUGAGCAGCAGCAGCUGGACCAGCCGGUGCUGGACAAGGCCCGGGUCCGGAAGUUUGGCCCAAAACUCCUCCAGUUGUUGGCCGAAUGGACGGAGACAUUCCCACGGGACUUCCAGGAGGAGUCGACCAUCGGGCACCUGAAGGACGUGAUGGGCCGCAUCGCUCCCUGUGACGAGGCGUACCGGAAGACGAUGCAUCAACUCCUUCAGGCUCUGCACCAGAAGCUGGCAGCUCAGGGCCAGGGCCCAGAAGGCCUGCUGGGGGCCGACAAGCCCAUCUCCUACAGGACCAAGCCACCCGCCUCCAUCCACAGGGAGCUCCUCGGCGUCUGCAGUGACCCCUACACGCUGGCCCAGCAGCUGACCCACGUGGAGCUGGAACGCCUACGACACAUCGGGCCUGAGGAGUUUGUCCAGGCUUUUGUGAACAAGGAUCCUUUGGCCAGCACAAAGCCUUGUUUCAGUGACAAGACCAACAAUCUGGAGGCUUAUGUGAAAUGGUUCAACAGAUUGUGCUACCUCGUGGCGACUGAGAUCUGCAUGCCGGCCAAGAAGAAACAGAGGGCCCAGGUGGUGGAGUUCUUCAUUGACGUGGCCCGUGAGUGCUUCAACAUUGGCAACUUCAACUCUCUGAUGGCCAUUAUCUCCGGCAUGAACAUGAGCCCUGUCUCCAGGCUGAAGAAGACCUGGGCCAAAGUGAAGACAGCCAAGUUUUUCAUCCUUGAGCACCAGAUGGACCCGACAGGGAAUUUCUGCAACUACAGGACAGCCCUGCGGGGGGCAGCCCACCGCUCCCUGACGGCCCACAGCAGCCGGGAGAAGAUCGUCAUUCCCUUCUUCAGCCUGCUCAUCAAAGACAUCUACUUCCUGAACGAGGGCUGUGCCAACCGCCUCCCCAAUGGACAUGUCAACUUUGAGAAAUUUCUGGAGCUGGCCAAGCAGGUUGGAGAGUUCAUCACGUGGAAACAAGUGGAAUGUCCCUUUGAGCAAGACCCCAGCAUCACCCACUACCUGCACACCGCCCCUAUCUUCAGCGAGGAUGGUCUUUAUUUGGCUUCUUAUGAAAGUGAGAGCCCAGAGAACCAAACAGAAAAAGAGAGGUGGAAAUCUCUAAGAUCUUCUAUUUUGGGGAAGACGUGAGAAGCGCUGAGCAGGAGGAGGAGGAGGUGGAGGAGGAGGAGGGGAGGAAGUCAGCAGAAGCCUUCCGCAGCCCUGCCUCAGCCGGCCCAGCAGAAAGUGGAGGUGUUGGUGCUUCCCUGCUUUGCAAACCGUGACCCCACGGCCUGGCGCCCGCCCCAGCGACCACACGGCACAGGAGACCUUCCUCCACCUUUUGUGGAACUUCGGCCCCGGCAGGCCCAGGGGCCUCCUGACAUGUGGGUGGCACGUGCCUCAGGGGCCCUGCCUUCAGGAUGGUGGGGGUCACAUUACUGUGACCUCGGCAAGGACACGGCACGACCCCCAGAGGGCCGGGUGACUGUAGUGUCGCUCUCAUUGGGUGAUGAGUGCCACAGGGGCUGACCCCCAGUCUGUCACCAGGUGGCCUGGGAGCCUCUACAUCUCCAGCAGGCACCACGCCGCUGGCCCCUGCCAUUCUGCUGAUGGACCCUACCCUGUCCCCCUCCCCUGGCCCCAAGAUGGGCUGGUUUCUGCAGCCCAAUUCACUCCCUUUCUGGAUCCUGCUGGUAUCAGGGGAUAGCUUUCCGGUGACAGCUGUGACACAGGUCAUGGGACAGAUUUGAGUCACAAAAAUGACAACAUGUACAGUACAUUGUAAACUCUAGAGUUGGUAUAAACAUGUUCAUACACCCUGCA